AUGACGAUCAAGUUUACGCGGUCCGGUUUCGCCACUGGGCUGCAUCUUGAACCCGACUUUGACGACAAUAUGUCCAACAGCCAGGCUGCAACUAAAGAACUCAGAGAAAACACGGUGAUUACAUUCCCCGCCCUCUUUGGCCUCUACCGCCAGGGAUUCCUCCCAAAUGGCGUCCGCAUCAUCGGCUAUGCGCGCACAAAGAUGGAUGCACAAGAGUUUCACAAGAGAGCAACGUCGCACAUCUCACCUUCCCCCGAAGACGCGGACAAGGUCGAAGAGUUCAAGGCCCUUUCGACAUACGUCGCCGGUGAUUACGAAGACGACAAGGCCUUCCAGGACCUGAACAAGCACAUCGAAGAGAUCGAAUCAAAAUAUCAGGGUCCAGAACGCAAUCGCAUGUUCUACAUGGCUUUGCCACCCUCAGUCUUCCAGUCCGUCGCACGCGGACUAAAGCGCAACUGCUACACCGACAAGGGCACCAUCCGCGUCAUCGUCGAAAAACCCUUUGGAAAGGACACGGAAUCCUGCCGAGAAUUGCUCAGCUCGCUCAAGGAAAACUUUACAGAAGAGGAAACGUUCCGUAUCGACCACUACCUCGGCAAAGAAAUGGUCAAGAAUAUGCUCGUCAGCCGUUUCGCCAACAUUGCGCUUUCUGCUGGCUGGAGCAAUCAGUUUAUCAGCAGCGUACAGAUCACCUUCAAAGAACCAUUUGGAACCGAAGGCCGUGGUGGCUACUUUGACGAGUUUGGUAUCAUCCGCGAUAUCCUGCAGAAUCGUACGAUCCCCUCUUACAUUCUCGCAAAUCCAUUCUCACCCACCCCUGCAGACCUUACCCAGGUGCUCUGUAUUCUGGCUAUGGAGCGUCCCGUCUCUUUCUCAGCCGAAGAUAUUCGCGACGAGAAGGUCAAAGUGCUUCGCUCUAUCCCACCGAUUGAAAAGUCGGACGUCCUUCUCGGACAAUACGUUGGCGCCAAUGGCAAGCCAGGAUACCUCGACGACGAUACAGUACCACCAAACUCCAAGUGCCCCACAUUUGCCGCCGUUGUACUCUGGAUCCAUACCCCGCGUUGGGAGGGUGUACCCUUUAUCCUAAAAGCUGGUAAAGCUCUCAACGAGGCCAAGGUUGAAGUUCGUGUUCAGUACAAGGACGUGACACAGGGCAUCUUCAAGGACAUUGCCCGCAAUGAACUCGUGAUGCGCAUCCAGCCUUCCGAAGCUAUUUACCUCAAGUUUAACGCCAAAACGCCCGGUCUCUACACACGCGCGAUGCCGACUGAGAUGGACCUCACGUACAAGCGACGGUUCUCCGAAGCCAAGAUUCCAGAAGCAUACGAGGCGCUCAUUCUCGAUGCUCUUCAUGGUGAUAAAUCAAACUUUGUCCGAGACGAUGAGCUCGACGCGGCGUGGAAGAUCUUUACUCCGAUUCUUCACUGGAUAGAUGGCAAAAACGGACAGGCGCCUCGACCAAACCCUUAUCCCUACGGCUCUCGCGGCCCGAAAGAGUUGAACGAUUUUAUGAAAAAAUACGGCUACAAGCGGGCCGAUCAGGGAUACUCAUGGCCAGUGACCAACAUUGCCUCGCUUUAG